UAAUCUGCGUGCCUCGUUCCGCUUUAUUCGUAUUCCCCUCUUAAUGCAUUCAUAAAGCUUGAUGAUUGAAAAGUGAAGUUCCUUAUAAGAUCUCCUCUGCCUCCUCUUUCUUCUCCACAAUUUUCUGUAGAACUGUAACUGUGCUCAAUAUUGAAAAAACCAAAAAGAAUGGCAAAGAACGUAGGUGUUUUAGUUUGCCUUCUGAUUAUGGCCAUGGAUAUUGCAGCUGGGAUACUUGGAAUUGAAGCUGAAAUAGCCCAGAACAAAGUAAAGCAUUUAAGGAUGUGGAUAUUCGAGUGUAGAGACCCAAGCUAUCAAGCAUUCAAGCUUGGGUUGGCUGCAGCGGUGCUUAUGGUCCUUGCUCAUGUUAUUGCUAACCUCUUUGGCGGGUGCAUAUGCAUGUGGUCCAAGGAAGAUUUCUCAAAGGCCUCUGCUAACAAGCAAUUAGCUGUCACCUCCCUCAUCUUUUCCUGGAUUAUAUUGGCAAUUGGAUUCUCAAUGCUGAUAAUAGGGACGAUGGCAAAUUCAAGAUCAAGGAAAUCAUGCGGGAUAUCUCACCAUCGAGUGCUAUCUAUAGGAGGCAUCCUUUGUUUCAUUCAUGGACUUUUCGUAGUAGCCUAUUAUGUGUCAGCCACUGCUGCAGCCAGAGAAGAAACGCCCCGCCAAGGAGCUGCCCAUGCUUAACCAAGCUUCAAUUCAUUUUCCCUUUUUACCUGUGUCAUUCAUCUGUAAUUUGGGUUGCCACAUUAAAGUAAUUUGUACUUUAGAGGUGUUUAAAAAGUUAACUCAUGUUAACUAUUUUAAUUCAUAAAAUAUUGUAGUAUACAAACUAAUUUAUGAAGAUUGUACUUUGCUAUUUUGAUUAAGAAAGUAUACCAACCAAUUUA